GUAAAAAGUUUUGAUGAACUGCUGGCAAGAAUUCAGGAUCAUAUUAAACAUCAUAACAUGUUUAGGAUUCCAGUACGACCCGUUGAAAGACUUGCUGUGACAUUGAGGUAAGAUAAAAUCGAAAAUAUUUUCGUAGUCGGGUGCUAUUCCACUCAUCAAAUUUCUUUGAUCAAAAUAUCAGUGCAUUUUUCUAAUAAUAUCAACAUAAAAGUCAGCUUUCUCUUUUUGUUGGAUAAAAUUGAUGGGUAGAAUGGCUGGCACCCUUACAUAGAGUACUUUUAAAUAUGAAAUUAGAGACCUUUAAAUAUGAAAUAGGCAAAUUAAACAUGUUUAUGUGCUAAGUUUAAUAAGUUUAAUAAGUAAUUUAGGUAAUACAAUCAGUUAAGUAAUUUAGGGAAUGCAAUCAGUAUUAUCAGUAUCAUGUGAUUGUCAGUCAUUGCUUAAAAUUAAUAUACUGAGACAAAUCAGAUGAUGGGUUUUCCAAAUUUUGUGAUGUGCUCGUAUAAGCGAAAUUACGAUUAGUUGUCACUACGUUUUGAAACGAAGGUUCUUCAACUGAAUACAAAACUAUGUCUCGAGAUCCUGGUGAUGGUAUAUUGAAGCUGGAAGCAGACAAAGAUGUGAUUACCGAAUUUUGUGAUGUAUGUGCGAUAUUUGGAUUAGUUCUCACUACAUUUUGAGACGAAGGUUCUUCAACUGAAUACAAAACUAUGUCUUGAGAUCCUGAUGGUAGAGAUUCUGGUGAUGCUAUAUUCAUGCUGGAAGUAGAAGAUUCAGGGCGAGAGGUAGAUGCAUACAUUGGUGAAGCAAGAGGAGUGAUAGACGAAGGGCAGUUACAAAUUUCCAGGGCUUUAUUCAUUACUGCAGUACGGAACAUAACUUUUUGACGAUUGUCGAAUGUCCGUGUUAAAGGUAAAAGAGAAUAAAAAAAUGCCAUAUCGUCAUUUUGAAUAAUUUCGCUGUUUUUUGUUAAAAACUCCAAGAUGUUUUUAUCGAAGUAGCUGUCUUCAUUAGUUUUUGCGUUUUUACGCUUCCUUGAUGGGUUUGUGUUAGGAGUAGAGCUAGAUUGUUUAGUUGUGUUUGAAGAAUCUUGUCUAACUUGGCUGGAACACUGUGGUUGGGUUUCUGGAUUGGUGGAUACUGUUUCAGUAGAACGUGGAUUGAUUGGAGACUCUAAAUUUGAAUCUUGUUGUGUAUCUUCUCUUGUUUCAUUUUCUUCAAUAGAAUCUUCGGUGUCGGCAACAUGUUUUUUGUCAAGAAACUGUAAAUGUUUGAAAAAUACGUAUUUGGUUCUCUUUCCGCCUUCCGAUCCCGAUUUCACAGAUUUCAUAGAAUUUUUGCAUCUCAUGUAAGCAUCUCUCGCAGUUCUCCAUCUUUGUUGUACACUUUUUUCUGUAAAUAAUAAAUAAAAAAAAUUGUGUUUUUUGUUCCAGGUACUUAAGAACUGGACAAACGUUUUCGGACUUACAUUUCAGUUAUCAACUUGGCAAAUCAACUAUUUGUCUCAUUGUUCGAGAAGUUUGCCUGACUAUUUGGAAUGUGCUUCACAGUGAAUGUCUUUCGCUCCCUAGGUUCCCUGAAGAUUGGCUUAAAAUUGCUUCAGGAUUUGAGCAGGUUGCCAACUUUCCGAAUUGUGUAGGAUGCCUAGAUGGCAAACACGUGAGAAUUGUUUGUCCCGAAAAGAGCGGUAGCUUAUUUUUAAAUUACAAGAAGCAUUUUUCCAUCAAUCUACUAGCAAUGUGUGAUUCAGAGUAUCGUUUUACAUAUAUACAUGUUGGUUCGUGUGGGUCAGACUCUGAUUCAACAAUUUUCAAGAAUACUAGUUUGUACACAAAAUUACAUAAUGGAGAACUAAAUUUACCAAGUGCUAAGCCAUUACCUAAUACCACUGAACCAAUGCCAUAUGUGCUAAUAGGCGAUGGAGCGUUUGGAAUAUCGAAUAAAGUCUUAAGACCUUAUGUUCGCAGCAAUAUGACACAUAAAAAGAAAAUAUUUAAUUAUAGAUUAAGUCGGGCGAGAAGGUACAUUGAAUCGACGUUUGGAAUAAUGUCCAAUAAAUUUAAAAUAUUCCAACGCUCAAUAAAUCACUCACUGCCGAAUGCUAUUAAACUUGUUAAAACCUGUUGUAUUUUGCACAACUACAUUAGAGAAAGAGAUGGCUAUAAAUUUGAGGAUACGCUAACUAUUGAAGGAUUUCAAAAUAAUACCAACACUAACAACAUCUCGGUUGUCAGAUCCGGUGAUGUUUUGAGAGAUAAAUUUGCUAAUUACUUUGUUUCUGAAGUUGGCGCAAUUCCGUGGCAAGAUGAUUCUAUAUUUUGAUUGUUAUUAUUUAGAUACUUGUAUAUUCAAUAAAAAAUAUUUUUAAUAAACACAUUUUUUUACUUACCAAAGUCUUUUUUAUCAUUCUCAGACAAAUCAUUAAAAUCGGGCAAAAGAGCUUUAUACACUCCAAACCAUGCUUGAAGCUUGGCAUCUUUAUCUUUGAAUAAAUCGUGAGAUAGAUCCCACAAAGGUGGUCUUAUUCGAACUUCUGUUAUCACACGUUCAGUGUCGAUGUUAUGUUUCGACAUGAUUGUACACGCUAACGUCCGUUCGAGUCCCGCUUCCGCAACGCACUAAAUGCUCUGAAGCAUUGCAUAGCGCGUCAGUCACCUGACGUACGCAGCACCGACGCGCUCGACUGACCGUCUCUGUCAGUAUUGCGUAUGCGGACGCGGUCAGUGCUGCUCUGAAUGCACGCAUGGUUUCUAUGGCGAUAGCUACGGCAGACUGACGUCAGUCCUGACCGUCAGGAGAGCACUGAAUACGGCCUUAAGGAGCGGCGCACGCGCGCGGCCCGCAGCAGAGUGUCCCGCGUGUGCCUGCGCGCCAGCCGCACGACUAUGGGACGGGGCUUCGCUAGCCUACUUUGCUCGUCGCGCAUAAGACCGACUCACACAGAACUCACUAUAUCGCGCUCUUCUAGGGUUACGCCCAGCUUAGUAGCGCACGCAGUCACAAUGUGUAGAACAUUUUCUGCGCCCUCUUCUGGAAUGCCUGCGAGUUCGAUAUCAUUGUACAGAAGCUCUUGGUCUCGAUCAUUUAAAUCUGCUCUUAAGUCCGCAAUAAUCGUUUCGAGAUCCUGAAUUUUGCCGCAGACAUUUUUGGACUCAAUUAGGGUUUGUUGUUCUUCAAGACGGGUGUAUUUGUUUUCUAAUGUAUCUAGGCGUUCUUCACACGAUUUUAGGGAAUUACGCAAAUCAAACAUCUGUCGGAAAGAUCGAAAUUCUUCCCUGGUUUCUCGCAGUUCUCUAAAUCUACGUAGUUCAAGAGCUAGUUCCGACUCUUUGAAACCUUGCGCCACAGGGCUUUGGGGUUUCUCUUCGCCUUGCUUGAUAAUAUACUCGGAAUUAAGUCCUCGCACAGGCGUAUUCUGAUCUGACUUUCGGGGCGUCCGUAUUUUACAGUCCGGACACAACCAAGUAGGUUGGACCUGCACACCUUCAGGAACUUUAACGCAGGCCCUGUGUGAUUUUCUAUCGCAUUUAGGACACGUAAUGCCCUCUGCCGCCGCCAUAAACUUUCCGCACGCACUGCACUUCAUCGCGUUAGUUUAAGUUAAUUGCAAUGUAAUGAUGCAGAUAAUUAUCACUAGGUGUCGCCGACUAUAUAUUGUAAUUGACACUUUGUAGUUCGAGGGUAAAUAGACGAUGUACAUUAAAUUUAUUAAUAAAGGUACCUCUUAUAUUUC